AUGCCUCUGCGACUCCGGACCGGAGGGCAGUUUCAUCACCCAUCAUCCUCGUCUUCACUCUCAUUCAGUACGCCGUCAACUCACCACCGUUAUGCAGAUACCCAUGACCGGCCUGGAGCUUUCCAUCCCCGGCUUCGGGUGAUGGACCGGUACAGAAUCGUCGGCUUCAUCAGUAGCGGCACAUAUGGACGGGUGUAUAAAGCAGUUAGUCGCGUCAAUGCGGUAGCUGUUCGCACCACAACCACGACGACAGGAAGCUCCAGCAGUGCUCCCGGUGGUCAGGAAGUGGCUAUCAAAAAGUUCAAGCCGGACAAGGAGGGUGAGCAGAUUAGUUACACGGGCAUUUCGCAAAGUGCCAUUCGAGAAAUGAGCCUCUGCAGCGAACUUCGACACAGCAACGUAAUCCGUCUGGUGGAAACGCUUCUGGAGGACAAGUGUAUCUUUAUGGUAUUUGAAUACGCUGAGCACGAUUUGCUCCAAAUCAUCCAUCACCAUACGCAGCAACCCCGACAUCCAAUUCCACCGGCCACCAUCAAAAGCAUCAUGUUUCAACUCCUGAAUGGGUGUCAGUAUCUGCACACAAAUUGGGUCCUGCACCGUGAUCUGAAACCGGCCAACAUCAUGGUCACCUCGGGCGGAGAGGUGAAGAUUGGAGAUUUGGGCCUUGCAAGGCGGUUCGACAAGCCGUUGCACUCUUUGUUUAGUGGCGACAAGGUUGUUGUGACCAUUUGGUAUCGUGCGCCAGAGCUAAUACUAGGUUCAUAUCACUAUACGCCGGCCAUUGAUUUGUGGGCUGUAGGUUGUAUCUUCGCCGAAUUGCUCUCCCUGCGCCCAAUCUUCAAGGGCGAGGAGGCCAAGAUGGAUAGCAAAAAGACGGUUCCUUUUCAAAGGAAUCAGAUGCAGAAGAUUGUGGACAUAAUGGGCAUUCCAACUCGCAGCCGAUGGCCUCUCCUCCCCAUGAUGCCCGAGUUUAACCAACUGAACACUCUACAAUCACCGCCGUCCCACCACGGCCAUCACCACCAUCAACACCACCACCACUCGUCCAGCAGCAGCUCAACAUCGAAUCUCGAAAAAUGGUACUACAACACCAUUUCUAACGCUCCCCAAAGCGGGUCGUCUGGUCCAUCAUUGACAUCUCUCGGCGCAGAGGGCUACAAGCUCCUCGCGGGACUGUUGGAGUACGACCCUUCCAAGCGACUCACGGCUGCUCAAGCACUUCAAUCCACCUUCUUCACGACCGGCGACCGCGUCAACACCAACGCAUUCGAAGGGCUCAAGGUCGAAUACCCCCAUCGCAGAGUUAGUCAGGAUGACAACGACAUCCGCACUAGUAGUCUACCGGGAACAAAGAGAAGCGGAUUGCCCGAUGAUUCAUUGUUGCGACCCACUAAGCGUGUAAAGGAGUAG